AUGCAGGCAUUGUUCGAUAUAGAUGUCCAAAGCGACAUCUCGCCCGAUGACGAGGCCGUGCUUGCCCCGGAGCCCAAGGAAGCGGGAGAACCAGCGUCUCCCCAGCAGCCUCAGAAAGCUCUCGCAUCAGUACACGAAGCGCAAAACGUGAAGCGAAGUCAGGCAGAUGAUGUAGAAUCGAACGUGAGUGCGCAGCAUGCAAGUCUCGCAACUCCAGCAGUCCGAGGCAUAUUGAAAGAGCUCGAGAUAGACAUUUCAGCUAUCAAAGGUACCGGACGAGAUGGACGGGUUCUGAAGGACGAUGUGCACAAGUAUGCUGCGCAGAGGGACGCUGCAAAGCCAGAAGCUUCUUCCCGUCCUGCCAUGGCUGUCGACGAAGGACAAAUAGAGAGGCCUAUGACACUCACUCCCAUUCAAAGCCAGAUGUUCAAGACAAUGACCCGCUCCCUCAACAUCCCACACUUUGUCUUUGCCGACGAGAUUGAUAUCACGGCACUCAAGGCCUUGCGCAGCAAAUUAAACAACGCUCCCGAACAAAUGCAGAAACUUUCAUACCUGCACUUCAUCGUCAAAGCUGUCUCUCUAGCUCUCGAAGAAUUCCCACUCUUGAACGCCCGCGUCGAUGAAAGCCAUGAUAACCAUAAACCGCAGCUCAUCAUGCGCGGGAAACACAAUAUUGGGAUUGCAAUGGAUACCGCGCAAGGUCUGCUCGUCCCCAACAUCAAGAAUGUCGCCUCACGCUCAAUCAAGGAGAUCGCUGCAGAAUGUACCAGCUUGCAAGUUCUCGCAAAGGAAAGCAAACUUUCGGCCAAGGACCUGGCUGGCGGGACCAUCACCGUGAGUAAUGUCGGAAGCGUUGGGGGAACAUACGUGGCGCCCGUCAUUGUGCAGAGCGAGGUCGCAAUCCUAGGCUUGGGGAAGGCAAGGACGACACCAGCCUUUAACGAGGAUGGCAGCGUAGUGAGGAAACAAGUCAUGAAUUUUAGCUGGAGCGCGGAUCAUCGUGUUGUCGACGGGGCUACUAUGGCGAGGAUGGCGGAGAGGGUGAAAGGAUUCAUCGAAGCACCGGAAAUGAUGGUUGCGAGACUUCGGUGA